UUUGAGCAGGCCUCGGACAGCAGAUGUCAAUAGUGAACUCCAAACGACACAAAAACUGAAGGUUAUUUCCAUCAAGUCGGCUUUAAAAUUUAUGUAACUCCGUUUUAAAUGUUUAGACGGUAAACAGUGAUUAAGAUUAACGCGCGAUAAAUUGGUAUUUACACCAGAGAAUCGCUUGAAGUUCACUCAUAGGCGGUGAAGUGACAUCGUGAUGUCUCGUUGUUAGAUUUAUAAUGGAUUAAAAGAUGUUUUGACUUUAUUCUUGCCAUGGUAAAACUAAUUCAGGUUAAUAUUAAGUGAUAAAACAGGUAAAAAGCGGGAAUGAACAUCACAGAAGUGGAAGAACACAUCAGCUUGAAGUAUGAAAUCAAGAGAAGGCUGGGAAAAGGGGCGUAUGGAAUUGUUUGGAAGGCCGUGGACAGAAAAAGCGGAGAGACUGUAGCUGUGAAGAAAAUCUUUGAUGCCUUUAGGAACAGAACAGAUGCUCAGAGAACAUUCAGAGAAAUCAUGUUCCUCCAGGAGUUUGGGGACCAUCCCAACAUAAUUAAAUUACUGAAUGUCAUCAGAGCCCAAAACGACAAAGACAUUUACCUUAUAUUUGAAUUCAUGGACACAGACCUACAUGCAGUAAUAAAGAAAGAAAAUCUAUUAAAAGACAUCCAUAAGCGUUAUGUAAUGUACCAACUUCUUAAAGCAACAAAAUAUCUUCAUUCAGGCAAUGUCAUUCACAGAGACCAAAAGCCAUCCAACAUCUUAUUAGACUCAGAUUGCUUUGUGAAGCUGUGUGACUUUGGUUUGGCGAGAUCUCUGUACCAAAUCCAAGAGGAUGCUGGGAAUCCUGCUUUAACAGAGUAUGUGGCGACACGAUGGUAUCGAGCUCCUGAAAUACUACUGGGAUCCUCAAGGUACACAAAAGGUGUGGAUAUGUGGAGUAUAGGGUGCAUCCUGGCAGAGAUGCUGCUGGGCAAACCGCUCUUUCCUGGGACGUCUACCAUUAAUCAAAUAGAAAAAAUCAUGAACGUCAUUCCACAUCCUUCAACAGAGGAUGUGUUGGCCAUCAGGUCAGAGUAUGGGGCGUCUGUGAUUCAGAGAAUGCUGCUUAGACCGCAGGUGCCAUUAGAUGAGAUUCUGCCAGCCUCAGUGCCACCUGAUGCCCUUGAUUUACUGCAACGCCUGCUGCUUUUCAAUCCAGACAAGAGACUCAGUGCAGAAGAAGCUCUGCAGCAUCCGUAUGUGUCUAAAUUUCACAACCCAUCCAGUGAGCCUAGUUUGGUCUAUGAUGUUAUUUUGCCGGUGGAUGAUGAUGUCCAGCUCUCCGUUACUCAAUACAGAAACAAACUCUAUGAGAUGAUCCUGGAGAAAAGGGCCAGUCGGCAAAUGCAGAAGCUGCCUCAUAUCAGGCAGAAGCUGGAGGAGAAGCCUGCAGACGUGCAUGUGGACGGUGGAUUAACCAGAAGCAGUGAAGCAGGUGCUGUUUCUCAGAGAGAUCCUGACAGAAAAUCUCCCAGGGACAAGAAGAGCAUUAAUGGAGCCAAAGCUGUCAGCAGACCUGAGCAAACACACUCGUCUCCGGAAACCACCUAUAACCCCAUCACACACAUGCCCAAUGGUUCAGUCAAACCUCUCCAACAUCCGUCUCAUCUUCAGAGAUUAGUGAGGAGGAAUCAGGAGAGCGCUGGUGUCCCGCCUGCAGAGGGUGCUAACGGGCCUACGGCCGCAGACCUGCACGGUCGAUCGGCUCCUGUUGCUCGCACACACUCUUUCUCUCUCACACUCGCGCAGCCACUGAAUAAUCCUCUCAUCCGCAAGGAUGAAGCCAUUGUUUCCCGGGCUGUGUGUCACCUCUGCAUGCUUGCCAACGCACGGACACGGACAAUAUUUCUGCCGGUGUUUCAUAAAAAGACCGUAUAUUUUACUGCGCGUCGCUUAAACUCAACGGGUUUGGUCCUGGCCCUGGCCCAUACCCACAGAUGCCAUAUCCACAGAUGCCAUACCCACAAGGGCCCUACGCUCAGGGGCCAUACCCUCAAAGCCCAUACCAGCAGGGGCCCGGCCAGCCUGCCUUCGGUGUUGAUCCUAAUGCUUCUAUGGAGAGUCCUGGAUAUCACGGUGGAGAUGGACCUCCAUCUUACUAUGGAAAUGAUGACUUUGCAAAACUCCAACUGGGAAGAUAAGAGCAUCCGACAGGCCUUUAUCAGAAAGGUGUUCAUGGUGUUGACCGUGCAGCUGUUGGUCACCUUCUCCUUUGUCACCGUUUUCACCUUCGCGCAAGACGUCAAAGUGUUCGUGCGGAGAAACCAGUGGACGUAUUACGUGUCCUACGCCAUCUUCUUUGUGUCUCUGAUCGUUCUCAGCUGCUGUGGAGAAGUGCGCCGCAAACACCCAUGGAACCUGGUGGCACUGUCCAUCCUGACUCUGAGUCUGUCCUAUUUGGUUGGCAUGAUUGCCAGCUACUACGACACUGAUGCGGUCAUCAUGGCGGUGGGCAUCACUGUAGUCGUCUGCUUUGCUGUUGUGGUCUUUUCACUCCAGACCAAAUAUGACUUCACCUCCUGCUAUGGCGUUCUGCUGGUGUGCACGAUUGUCCUGCUGGUCGCCUGCAUCCUUUGCAUCUUCAUCCGAAACAAGAUCCUGCACAUUGUCUAUGCUUCACUCGGAGCUCUGCUGUUCACUUGCUUUCUAGCCGUGGACACUCAGCUUCUGCUGGGCAAUAAGAAGCUGGCCAUCAGCCCGGAGGAAUACGUCUUCGCAGCUCUCAACCUCUACACCGACAUCAUCAACAUCUUCCUCUACAUCCUGGCCAUCGUGGGCCGCACCAGGGACUGAGCGCCCCCUGCUGCAGGAAGAGGGAAGCGCAGUCCGCUCUCUGACCUCACCACAAUCCACCUUCCCUCAUAUAUUCUGCAUUUCAUUCCUCUCUUACAUUCACAGGCUCCCCACAAAGGCUCCUCGGGCCACAUCGCAAAAGAGUUAAGCAGCAUCACUUGCUUUUUUCCUUCCCGAUAAAUCCUGCAAAGAUGAAUUGAGCUGAAGUUGGUUUUAUUGUUCAUUUAAUCAUCGUUAAUUUGGAUAUUGGGUCUGAGAAUCGCAUUACGUGUGACUUCAAAACAACAUCAGCACAUUUAAUUGACUGCAAACUAUAUUCAAUGGCUGCUAUAUGAUAGAAUACACUUCUGAUAUGAUGUUAUGUCAGAUUGUGCGAUUAUAAAACCAACUUCACCUCAAAUUGAAGAUGAUAUGAUUCAAAAACCGGCAUGGCAGAAUAAUUCACAUCGCAGGGAAUAAGAGCAAAUUAAAGCGUCCGCAUGAUCGUCUUAACACAGCCAGGAAUGAUUCCUCUCUAAACCCCCCUGCGUGUAAAUAAUACAAUAAAAGCAACAGUUUUAGGCAUGAGUAUCUUAAUAUCUGGCUGCGCUGCUCACUGUUUGUGUGUGUGUGUGUGUGUGUGUGUUUCUAACAAUUACCGCUUCGCAAACAAAACGUAACACCAGCGGCGUAUACACACUCCAGGAUGAUAAAUCCUGUUAGUGUUGACGUGCGUCAGUCAUUUAUUUAUUAAAACACCAGUCUUAUUGAGAGGAAGGUGAAGUGGUGAGGUUGUGUUUGACUCAAUCUAAAGGUCAGUAUUUAAAGAUUAAACACUACAGCGUUCACUUUUUAUUAUCUCAUCCUGACUACUUUAUAUUUUAUUUGUGUUGUUAAAUAGGCUUGUGUGUGUGAGAGAGAGUGAGAGUGUGCGAGAGUGUGUGCGUGAGAGGGUUUUGCACGUGAGAGUGUGCGCGAGAGUGUUUGCGUGAGAGUGUUUGCACAAAACUGCAUGAGAGUGCGCAAGAAUGUUUGUGCAAAAGUGUGUGAGCGUGAGAGUGUGUGGGUGAGUGUUUGUGCAAAAGUGUGUGUGCGUGAGAGUGUGCGCGAGAGUGUUUGCACGAAGGUGUGUGUACGAGAGUGUUUGCGCAAGAGUGUUUGCGCAAGAGUGUGUGCGCAAGAGUGGUUGUGCGAAAGUGUGUGUACGAGAGUGUUUGCGCAAGAAUGUUUGUGUGAGAGUGUGCGUGUGAGUGUUUAUGCGAGAGUGUUUGCACAAGAGUGUGCGUGUGAGAGUGUUUGCACGAGAGUGUGCGUGCGAGUGUUUGCGCGAGAGUGUUUGCGCGAAAGUGUGGGUGCGAGAGUGCGCAAGAGUGUGCGUGCGCGAGUGUUUGCGCGAGAGUGUUUGCGCGAGAGUGUUUGCGCGAGAGUGUUUGCGCGAGAGUGUUUGCGCAAGAGUGCGUGUGAGAGUGUUUGCGCGAGAGUGUUUGCGCAAGAGUGUGCGUGUGAGUGUUUGCGCGAGAGUGUUUGCGCAAGAGUGUGCGUGUGAGAGUGUUUGCGCGAGAGUGUGCGUGUGAGAGCGUGUGUGCAAGACUGUUUGCGCGAGAGUGUUUGCGCGAAAGUGUUUGCGCAAGAGUAUGCGUGCGAGAGUGUUUGCAUGAGAGUGUUUGCGUAAGAGUGCGUGUGAGAGUGUUUGCUCGAGUGUUUGCGCGAGAGUGUGUGUGCGAGAGUGUUUGCGUGAAAGUGUUUGCACGAGAGUGUUUGCGCGAGAGUGUUUGCGCAAGAGUGUGCGUGCGAGUGUUUGCGCAAGAGUGUGCGUGUGAGUGUUUGCGCGAGAGUGUUUGCGCAAGAGUGUGCGUGUGAGAGUGUUUGCGCGAGAGUGUGCGUGUGAGAGCGUGUGUGCAAGACUGUUUGCGCGAAAGUGUUUGCGUGAAAGUGUUUGCGCAAGAGUAUGCGUGCGAGAGUGUUUGCAUGAGAGUGUUUGCGUAAGAGUGCGUGUGAGAGUGUUUGCUCGAGUGUUUGCGCGAGAGUGUGUGUGCGAGAGUGUUUGGGUGAAAGUGUUUGCACGAGAGUGUUUGCGCGAGAGUGUUUGCGCAAGAGUGUGCGUGCGAGAGUGUUUGCGCAAGAGUGUGCGUGUGAGUGUUUGCGCGAGAGUGUUUGCACAAGAGUGUGAGAGUGUUUGCGCGAGAGUGCGCGUGUGCAAGACUGUUUGCGCAAGAGUGUUUGCGCGAAAGUGUUUGCGCGAAAGUGUUUGCGCGAAAGUGUUUGCGCAAGAGUAUGCGUGCGAGAGUGUUUGCAUGAGAGUGUUUGCGUAAGAGUGCGUGUGAGAGUGUUUGCUCGAGUGUUUGCGUGAAAGUGUUUGCGCAAGAGUAUGCGUGCGAGAGUGUUUGCAUGAGAGUGUUUGCGUAAGAGUGCGUGUGAGAGUGUUUGCUCGAGUGUUUGCGCGAGAGUGUGUGUGCGAGAGUGUUUGCGUGAAAGUGUUUGCAUGAGAGUGUUUGCGCGAGAGUGUUUGCGCAAGAGUGUGUUUGCGCAAGAGUGUGCGUGCGAAAGUGUGCGUGCGGGAGGGUUUGUGCAAAAGGGUUUGUGAAAAAGUGUGUGUGCGUGAGAGGGGUGUGAACGAGAGUGUUUGCACGAAAGUGUGCGCGCGAGAGUGUCUGUAAGAGUGCCCGCGGUAGUGUGUGUGUGUGUGUGUGAGUGCGUGCGUGCGUGCAUGUGUGCCUACGUGCGUGCGUGUGUAUGUGUGUGAGUGUGUGUCUGUGUGAGAGUGAGUGUGUGUGUUAACUCAAUGUUGAUUUUCAUUGUUUGUUGAGUUUGAUAGUGUCUCUAGUUGCAUGUUUAUUUUCAAUAACAUGAUCAGGACAUUUGUAGAAUGAUUCUGGUUUCCUGUGGUUAUUUAUGAGUUAUUUAUUUACCUGCCGGAGGUCGUCUGUCUGAUAAUGGAGUCAUUGGUAAAUGUUUUAUUUUAAUCUGUUCUUCACUGUUAAAAAUAUCUGAUAAUAACAGUUUUACAGGUUCUCUCCAUUUUAAUUAAUUUCAAUUGAAUUGCAUUGUGGAACAUUGAUUUAUUUUAAUUGAUUUAUUAUUAUUAUUAUUAUUAUAUAUUAUUUAUAUUUAUUAAAUAUUCAUCAUAAUUUAAUAAUUAAAUGACUAUUUAUUACAAUUAUGAAUUAUUAUAUAAUUAUUUAUCUGUUUUGAUGGUGAAAAUUCAACUCUACAGUUUAACAAAGUGAUUAUUAUUGACAUUUUAGUAACGAUAUAUUGCAUUAAGAAAUAAUACACAGAGAAUUAAGUGUGUAAAAUAACAGAAAAAAGUACUGGCCGUUCAUUACCAUGUAUAAUAACACCAAUACUGACAAUAAAUCACAAUAAAGUUCAACAUCAAAAAUUGUUGCAGGAAUGAUCAAAGUGCCAUAAUGCAAUCCAAAAGCAUAAAUAAAUAAAUAAAUAAAUAAAUAAAUAAAUACAGAAAACUGUUCAUUCACUGAUAUUUUACAGUGUAUAACUUAAAGAGUGGAUUUCUUAUUUAAUAAUAGAUUUAAUCAUAAUUGCAGUACAUAUGGACUUAUUUCUGUAUAAUUGUAUAUUACCGAAUCUUCAGAAGGGUUCAGAUGUGAAUGUAAAAUGGUGCACAGUUUAUUAUCUAAUGAAUAGCAUUGAAUGAAAUGUGGUGUACAGUAAAAUCUUGCGGUCUCCUGUCCUGCAUGAGGAGCUUUUGAACACUAAACUGGCUGUGAAAAAGGCAUGGAGGAAGAAAAACAUGGACCUGUGUGACAUAAUCCUCAUUUGAUGAUUAUUUUAUUGAAAUGUUUGUGUUUCUAACUCACUUCUGCAGUCGUAAAGCUGUAGUGGAUUGAAGUGUGUGUUUGGGCUUGUAGAUCUUCGCACUGUACAUUCGCAUUAAACUGAAAGUAACUAAUACUCCUCUGCUGCCUGUUUGCUUUUCAUUACAAGAAUAAACUUGGAGGAAACACAA